UGUGAAUGGUCACAGCUAAUCACAUGCACAUGUCAUGUGAUUAGCUGUGACCAAAUCACAGCUAAGCACAAAAAAAAAAAAAAAAAAAAAGCUGAAUGAAUCGAUUUCAUUCAGCUAAAUGCUUGCUUAUAGCAAAGUAAUUCUUUGCUAUAAGCAAAUUGUAAAAAGCAAUGAGGCCUUUAACCACUUCAAGUCCGGACACUUUUACCCCCUUCCUGUCCAGGCCAAUUUUAAGCUUUUAGCACUAUCACACUUUGAAUGACAAUUGCGCGGUCAUGCAACACUGUACCCAUAUGGAUUUUUUAGUAUUUUUUU